AUGAAAAUGCUUUGGAAAUUAACUGAUAACAUUAAAUAUGAAGAUUGCGAGGAUCGUCACGACGGCUCCAGCAAUGGGACAGCCAGGCUACCUCAGCUGGGCGGUGUGGGCCAGAGUCCCUACACCAGCGCGCCGCCGCUCUCCCACACGCCGAACUCGGACUUCCAGCCCCCGUACUUCCCCCCGCCCUACCAGCCCAUCUACCCGCAGUCUCAGGACCCUUACUCGCACGUCAACGACCCCUACUCCCUGAACUCGCUGCACGCCCAGCAGCAGCCGCAGCACCCGGGCUGGCCGGGCCAGCGGCAGGCCCAGGAGAGCGGCCUGCUCCACCAGCACCGCGGCCUGCCGCACCAGCUGUGCCGGGACUACCGCAGGGAAGUGCUGCUGCCGUCCGGCCACGGACUCGACUCGGGACUGUCGGACUCUAUCUCUAUCCAUGGAAUACCUCACUCUUUAGAAGACGUUCAGCCUGUUGAGGAUCAAGGAAUUCACAUCCCCGACCAGACUGUAAUUAAAAAAGGUCCAGUGUCUUUAUCCAAGCACAACAACAUCUCCUCCAUCCCCGUAAACAAGGACGGUCUCUUCGGCGGGGUGGUGAACCCCAACGAGGUGUUCUGCUCGGUACCGGGCCGCCUCUCCCUGCUCAGCUCCACGUCGAAGUACAAGGUCACGGUGGCCGAGGUGCAGAGGCGCCUCUCGCCGCCCGAGUGCCUCAACGCCUCCCUGCUGGGCGGGGUUCUGAGGAGGGCCAAGUCUAAGAAUGGAGGAAGAUCCUUAAGGGAGAAGCUGGACAAAAUCGGCUUGAAUCUACCUGCGGGCAGACGCAAGGCAGCCAACGUCACCUUGCUGACGUCACUAGUCGAGGGCGAGGCGGUGCAUCUUGCCAGGGAUUUUGGUUAUGUAUGCGAGACCGAGUUUCCAUCCAAGGCAGUAGCUGAAUAUGUAAACCGUCAGCAUUCCGACCCAAACGAACAAGUCCAAAGAAAAAACAUGCUAUUGGCCACAAAGCAAGUCUGCAAGGAGUUCACGGACCUGCUGUCCCAGGACCGCACGCCGCUGGGGAACUCACGGCCGCAGCCCAUCCUCGAACCGGGAAUCCAGAGCUGCUUGACCCACUUCAGUCUAAUCUCGCACGGUUUUGGGACCCCGGCGCUGUGCGCGGCCAUCACGGCCCUGCAGAACUAUCUGACCGAGGCUAUCAAAGCCAUGGACAAAAUGUACCUCAACAACAACCCAAACAGUCACGAUAACGGCACUAAAGGCGGAGACAAAGACGAGAAGCACAGAAAGUGA